AUGCUCUUCCAGAGCAACGACAUCCGCGAGGCCAGCGUGGCCGAGGAUGUGGAGUGGUACCAGGCGCUGGUCCGCAGCCUGGCCGAGGGGCACCCCUGGGUGCGCCGGGCGGUGCUGGCCCUCGACGCCCACCCGCUGGCCGCCAAGCCCCGGCUGAUGCUGCAGGCCACGGCGGGCGACGGCGAGAUCCGGCUGCGGGACGUCUCCGCCGCCGCCCCCAGCCUGGGCAACCGCAGCUGGGACGACGAGUGGUUCAACGCCCUCCGCUCCCAGCGCAGCCCCCAGCUCCGCAAGAGGGUGCUCAGCAACGACCUGCGCAGCAUGGAGACCCCCAAGUGGCAGCGGGGCGACAGCUACGUGGGGGAGCCGGGCCACGUGCGGUGGUCGCCGCCGUUCCUCGAGUGCCGGGACGGCAAGUUCCUGCCCGCCUGGGCCGUCACGCUCUCCUCCGCCUUCUACGGGCUCAAGCCGGACCUCAGCCCGGAGUUCAAGGGCGUCGUGCGGGUGGACAUCGAGCUGCGGGACGUGGGCAUCGACCAGUGCGCCAGCGGGCCGGGCUGGUUCACAGGCACGCACCGUUGCGACCUCAACAGCACCCAGUGCGUCCCCCAGGAGAGCCGCGGCUUCGUCCUCGGGCAGUAUGUGUGUCGGUGCAAGCCGGGCUUUUACGGGGCCGGCGGAGUGGCCAUCGGCACCGGGGCAGGUGGCCCGGUGCCGGUGGAUGGGGGGCCCCGGCUGGCGUGCCGCCCCUGCCGGGAGGGAUGCGCCACCUGCGUGGACGACACCCCCUGCCUGAUCCAGGAGGACCGGGCGCUGCGGGCAGCCGUCCUCUCCUGCCAGGCCUUCUGCAUGCUGGCCGUCUUCCUCAGCAUGCUCAUCUCCUACCACUUCCGAAGGAGCAAGAGGAUCCGAGCGUCAGGAGUCGUCCUCCUGGAGACCAUCCUCUUCGGGUCCCUCCUGCUCUACUUUCCUGUCUUCAUCCUAUACUUCAAGCCCAGCAUUUUCCGCUGCAUCGUGCUGCGCUGGGUGCGCAUGCUGGGCUUCGCCACCGUCUACGGCACCAUCGCCCUCAAGCUGUACAGGGUGCUGAGGGUGUUCCUGGCCCGCACGGCGCAGCGCGUGCCCUACAUGUCGAGCGGGCGGGUGCUGAAGAUGCUGGGGCUGAUCCUGCUCCUGGUGCUGUGGUUCCUGGCGGCCUGGACCGUGGGGAUGCUGGAGAACGUCGACAAGAACAUCCCGCUGGUGAUCCGCACCCAGACCACCCGCGGGCUCCACUUCUACAUCUGCGGCCACGACUGCUGGGACUACAUGAUGGUGGUUGCCGAGAUGCUGUUCCUGCUGUGGGGCAGCUCCCUGUGCUACGCCACGCGCGCCGUGCCCUCCGCCUUCCACGAGCCCCGCUUCAUGGGCAUCGCGCUGCACAAUGAGCUCAUGAUCUCGGCCGCCUUCCAUGUGGCCAGGUUCGUCAUGGUCCCCUCGCUGCACCCCGACUGGACCCUGCUGCUCUUCUUCGCUCACACCCACAGCACCGUCACCAUGACCCUGGCGCUGCUUUUCAUCCCAAAGUUCCUGCACGCCAGCUCGCCGCUGCGGGAGGAGAUCGCGGCCGAGGUUUACGAGGACGAGCUGGACAUGAGGCGCUCGGGCUCCUGCCUCAACAGCAGCAUCGCGUCUGCCUGGAGCGAGCGCAGUCUCGACCCCGAUGACAUUCGGGAGGAGCUGAAGAAGCUCUACGCGCAGCUGGAGGUGCUCAAGACACGGAGGAUGGCAGCCAACAACCCCCACGUGCCCAAGAAGCGCGGGUCCCGACGGAGCCUGGGCCGCUCCUUCGUGCGCCGCCUCGCCGAGCUGCCCGAGGCCGUGGCGUCCCGGGGCAGCCGGGAGGAGCGGCUCCGGACCCCCGGCAGCCGCCGCGCCUCGGCCAAGCGGCUCCCCAGCGCCGGCAGCGCCAGCCUGAGGGUGCGGGAUGGGGGCUUCCGACGCCACGCCGCCGCCCUGCACAAGUCCCGCAGCUCCGAGAGCCCGGCGUGGGACCCCCGGGGUGGCUCCCCUGGCCCCAGCCCCACCAGGGACACUGUGCCAGGGACACCAGCGGCGACCGCGGCAGGCUCAGAGCAAUCCGACAGCGAGUCCCUCGACGCCGCCCCGCUCGUGUGCAAGUCGGCCAGCGCCCACAACCUGUCGGGGCACGAGCAGCCCCCCCAGCCCCGCGCCCUCCUGCUGAAGUCGCUGAGCGUCGUCGCCGGUGCGCGGGAUGAGGCCCUGCUCGUGGCCAGCCGGGCCGCACGGGACGGGCGGGAUGCUGAGCGGGAUGCUGAGCUGCACGCCAAGCAGCACCCGGCCGGGGGGAGCCCCACGGACCAGGGACCCCCUGAGCAAGCUGGGAAGCCUCAGAGCCCUGCUGCAGCCACUGCGACUGCCGGUGCCCCCCUGCCAGCUGGCUCCGGCCGUGCCGACGGGGGUCCCUCGUGUGAUGCGUCCCCCCCAGGGGAUGGCAAGGUGCAGAAACACGUCACCUACGCGCCCACCAAGAGCAUCAGCGUUGACAGCUCCCACUUCUCGGGGCGGGUGCGGGUGGCAGUGAGGAGGACCCCGCCGCCGCCCCCCGUGCGGUACCAGAGCCUGGUGCACCACACUGCGGCAGCUGGGGACAGCAGGGAGACACUGGAACCACCCGGCCGGCUGCAGUCCGCCCGCUCCAUCCCCGCGGAGGUUUGCCCCUGGGAGCUGAUCCAGGAGGAGAUUUUGAGCCGGAAGCAAAAAGCCGCCGAGCCUUCAGCCUCAGGGACCCCUGGUGACACCCCAGUGGCCCCCCCAGGCCUCAAGCCAUCCUCCCAGAAAACCUUCAAGAGCCUGGGGUUGGCCAUCAAAGCUUUGAACCGCUCCAGAGGGAAAAACAGCCUGAAAGGAAAGAAGGAGAGCGAGGGCAGCCUCAGGACACGGGGCCGAGACCGAGAUGGGGGCAGCAGAAGGGAGAGGCCCAAGCUGGCAGGGACACCCACUCUUUCUCCAGGGGGGAGCAGCCAAGGUCCCACAAAUGGAAGCCCCAAGCCCAGCCCGCAGGAGGGGGACGCGGUGCCCUGCCGGCACAACAACAAUGCCGGCUCCAUGUCGGAAAGCGCAGCCUGGGGGGACAGCAGGGGAAAAGCAGAGGGACAGGAGGACGGCACGGCUGUGCACACAGGCGGUGGUGAGGAGCUGGCAGAGGAGCCCAGCGCUGCCCCGGGGAGCGCAGAUGCCGGCGGGGUCCCGGAGAUGCCCUCGGGAGCACACGAGGUCUCGCCCAGCACCAGCCGCCAGGACACCACUGAGCAUCCCCACCAAACCCUGGGGGCAGCCGGGGCAGCGCAGGCUGGUCCCCGGGCAGGGGCUGAGCCCCCUGCAGUGGGGCAGGGGCAGGAGGCCCCCAGGCACCCCACCGAGGAGCCACCACCAGCACCACCACCACCACCUGCGGAACCGGGCACGGGCAGCCCCCGGGUCCCCGGGCACAGCGCGGCCGCUGCGGGGCCGUGGGCUGAGGUGUGUCCCUGGGAAGCCCUGGGUGCCCCCCGGGGGGCUUUGGCACUACAGGAGGCAACAGCUGCAGGGGGGGGCUCACCGAGGGGGGGAAGCCCCAUGAAGGUUUUGGGGAAGGGGGGCAGCCAGCCCGGCCCCUGCAGUGCCAGGGAGGGACGGGGCACCGAGGGGCUCCCCGCAAGGAGCAGGAGCACAGAGGUGGCCCAGGCGGGUGGUGGCCUUAGAACGGAGAUCUGCCCCUGGGAGGGGAGUGGGGGCGAGGCUGGUCCCCCCCAUGGGGGUCCUGGCAGCAUCCGGCCAGGGGCAGAGCUGGGGAAAAAGCCCCCAGAGCUGCCGGCAGCGGCUCCAGGGACAGCAGGCAGCAUGGGGGGCAGGAUGGCCGAGGUCUGUCCAUGGGAGAGUGCGGAGGGGGAGAUGGCCAACAGAGCAGAAAUUUGCCCCUGGGAGGUGGGGAAGCCUCAGCCGGAGAAGGGGAAGGUGCAGCAGGACGGGGGGAGGCUGCCCAGGGGGGGCAGGAGCAUCCGCCCCCAGUCCCUGGGUCUGCUGAGGGCACAGGAGAGCGGGGGCAGGCAGCCAGCGGCCCGGCGGCCCUGGGGCAGUGCCAGCACCGAGCUGCCCCCCCCUCGAGCGGCCCCCGACAGCUCGGAUCUGCCAAAACUCACCUCCAAGAGCCCGGAGAGCGUGAGGGCCUCGGUGUGUCCCUGGGAAGCCACGGGAGCCAGCAGCGACAGAGCAGAAGUUUGCCCUUGGGAAACAAGCACAGCCUUAUCCACGGCAGAGAAAAUAAAGGAGGAAAACGAAAUUUCCCCAGCGGUUCCCCUGCAGACGGCAGCCCCGGGGGGCAGGAGCGAGCCGCCGCACGCCGCGGACCAAGGGAGCAGCCAGCGCGUGUCCGUGUGCCCCUGGGAAGGUGCAGAGGAGCCUGGCGAGGGGCUCACGGCAGAAAGCCCAGCUCUGCCCAAAACAUCAACCCAAGCUGGAAAAGCUGGCAGCAAGAAGGCCGACGUCUGUCCGUGGGAAGCUGAGGAGGAGCCGCUUGCUAAAGCAGAAAUUUGCCCUUGGGAAGUGUCCGCAGCUCCGCCGGGGAAGGGAAGAUGGAGUCAGGACACGCGUGGGACUCCCCCAGCAGACGACAAACCCAGAUCAAGAGAACCUGAGGGAAGCAAAGUAAAGCUGGCAGGGGAGGGGGGUCGGGCGGCUCGCAGGGACACCCAGAUCUCCGCUAAGCUCUUUGGGAAGAGCCUGGAGGGGUCGAAAGCUGAGCCAAAGAAAUCCCAGAGCACGGAGAGCCCGAAGGCAGAGGUCUGUCCCUGGGAGGCUCAGGGGCUGGAAGCUGGCAGCAAGGCAGAAAUCUGCCCCUGGGAGGCGGCUGCACCCCCCUUCGAUGAGCAAAAGGCAAAGCAGCCUCCGAGGGCAGGCCCGCGGGGGGAGAAGCGCAUCACGCGCCAGGCAGCACUGGCGAGCCCGGCGAGGUCCCUGGAGAGGGGCGGCAGCGAGGCCGCCACCGAGAGCCUGAAGGCGGAGGUCUGUCCUUGGGAGGCUCAGGAGCUGGGAGCCAGGGAUAAAGCCGAGAUCUGCCCCUGGGAGGUGGCCGUUCUCCCCUCAGAGAAAGGGAAACCGAGGCAGGACAAAGGCGGUCUGUCCAGAGGGGGCAGAAACACUUCAACGGAUCAAGGUGUCUUGAAAGAGACCAGAGACAGCCCGCCUGCAAAAGCGGGCUGGGACCGUGAGUCCGUCUGUCCCUGGGAGGGCCUGGGCACGGGGGGCUCCUCCGCGGGGGGCACGAAGAGCCCAGAGCUGCCGAAAGCUGCUCCCACGAAACCGGGGAGCACCACGGCCGAGGUCUGUCCCUGGGAGAGCCCGGGCUUGGGGAGCCCAGCGCUGCCCGCAGGGAGAGCCCUGAGCACGGAGGUCUGUCCUUGGGAGGCUCAGGAGCUGGGAGCCAGGAAUAAAGCUGAAAUCUGCCCCUGGGAGGCGGCUGCGCCUCUGCCAGGGAAAGGAGCCUUUUCUGAGAGGACCGGGGCAGCCCCGGGAGAGGUGAGCCUCUGGCCAAAACACUGGGGUGCCUCCAAGGUGGUGGAGAAGGGGAGCAGCGAGCGAGAGGCCGUCUGCCCCUGGGAGAACCCGGGCACGGAGGAGCCCCCCCAAAAACCUGAAACGGGGGGAGAGCCGUCCAAGAAGUCGGACAGCUGGGAGAGCAGGAAAUCCGACAUCUGUCCCCGGGAAGCAGCGGAGCCCAAGGCCGUGCAGAUCCACGCGCCCAAAGCGUGCCCACGGGGAGCUGAUGGAGCAGCCCCCGCUGGGACCGGGGAGCCAAAGCCAGUGUCCACAUCUCCACCAGCCCUGCGGAAGGCCGGGGGCUGCUCUGGGGGCCAGGCCGAGCACAAGCCCCUGCGCCGCGUCCUGCCGGGCUCCCAGCCCCUGCGGGCAGCUGCAGGGCUCCCUUGGCAAGCACACGUGGCAAGCAGCAGCCCCAGCCCAGGUGCCACCGUGGCCGAGGUUUGUCCCUGGGAGGCAGAGGAGGCUCCCCCUGCCCCUGCCCCUGCAACCCAGGAAGCGCCCACGGCGUGCCCGUGGGAGAGCACAGACCCCAGCCUGAGCCUCUGCCAGGCUGGGCAGAGCCCCGGAGAGGGAGGCAUGAGGGAAACCAGCCCCGACGUCUGCCCGUGGGACCACGAGUAG